GCAAAAAAAGAUCCCCUCUGUGGAGGUACUUCAGGAUACUGGAUGAUUUGACGAGCAAAGCGAAAUGUAAACUUUGCGGCCACGAGCUGAGCUACAGAACCACUACAUCAAAUUUGAAGAAACAUUUGAACAGGAGGCAUCCUAACAGCAAAACCACUGGAAAGCCGGUGGUGGAAUUGAAGAAGUCUAUACUUGUUAAAUGGGAAUAAACUUAGAAUAGUAGCCUAAUCGAUUUUUCAGGAUGUUCUGUAAAUAGGGGGAUUUUUGAACAUACAUAUACAGGGGUGUUAAUAAAGUACCUGGCUAAAGUCCAAGGGGUGAUUUAUUAUUCAAAUUCAAGAAAAGACGUUGAUAUAAAGGUGGGUUCGAAAAUGCUUCUCUUUUAUGGUACAGGUUGCCAAUCUUCAUUUGACAAAACUCCAUUUUUUCGUAAAAACAGCCGAUUUUGAUAAAUACUGCUAAUGGGUUGUUAAGUAUUUAGCGAUAGAUCCGUUUUCCUGAUAUAUUUCAUAAAUCUUUAACAACAUUGUUCGAUUGACAAGGUUGUUACGAUUUUUCUGACAAACGAAUAACAAAACGGAAAACUCUGACUCUCUGUAUCUUGAAAUCAAAGCAAUUCCCCCAUUGAAUUUUUUUCCAUGGACAUUAUUAACACCCUGCGCCAUGUGUUACUUGCCACUUUUUCUACCCAAU